AUGGCAAAUUUUACACAUGUCUCAGAGUUUAUUCUACUUGGUUUCAGAGGGGGUCCUGGGAUUCAAGUGUUGCUGUUUCUGGCUUUUUUGGUUUUGUAUGUUGUAGCAGUGGUGGGGAAUUUUGGCAUGAUCGUGAUUAUCAAGAUGGAUGCACAUCUCCACACCCCUAUGUAUGCCUUCCUCCAGAGCCUCUCCUUCUUGGACAUCUGCUAUUCUUCCACAAUUGCUCCCAGAGCUCUGAUAAACUGCUUGAAACAGGACCACACAAUAUCCUUCGGUGGGUGUGCUACACAGUUCUUCUUUUUGUCUCUGUUUGGUACCACAGAAGCUUUCCUUCUGGCUGCCAUGGCCUACGACCGCUUCGUCGCCAUCUGCAACCCUCUUCUGUACUCUGUGAGUAUGUCUCACCGGGUCUGUGCAGUGUUAGUGUCAGGGUCCUACUCGUGGGGUGCGUUGAAUGCUGUCACUCAGACCACCAUGACCUUCACGUUGUCUUUUUGUGGGUCCAGUGAGAUCAAUGACUUCUUCUGCGAUGUCCCACCGCUCUUAUCCCUCGCAUGUUCAAACACCUUUAUAAACCAGCUGGUUCUUCUGGGUUUGUGUGGCUCCAUUAUUGUCAGCACCUUCUUGACUGUUUUUGUUUCAUACGUCUACAUCAUCUCAACAAUACUGAAGAUCCGCACGGGACAAGGACGCCGGAAAGCCUUCUCCACAUGUGCCUCCCACCUGAUCGCCGUGUGCUUGUUUUUUGGUACCGUUUUCUUCAUGUAUGCACAGCCCAGCGCUGUGUCCUCCAUGGAGCAGAGCAAAGUGGUGUCUAUUUUCUACACUGUCGUCAUCCCGAUGCUGAACCCUCUCAUAUACAGCCUGAGGAACAAAGACGUCAAACAAGCCCUGAGGAGAAGCAAGCAGAGGUUUUCCUCCUAA